GCUGCUCUCUGAUUGGCUGGUGGGCCUACGCUCUUGCUGGUAAACAGUUGCUCUACUAAACUCCAAAAAGCAAAAAUAGGAUUUUUAUCAAGCGGAAAUUAUAAGAAACAUACCCGUGUGAGGUUACAGUGAGUGUAAACCGACUGAUUUAACAAACGGCGGAAGUUUGGGAGCGACAUGAAGUCCGUGAAGCAGCGAACGGCUCCGUUAGCUUAGCAUAAACAUGCUAAAACAAGCAGCCGAUGAGGAACUUAAAAGCCGAGUUUUGACUACAGACUCCGGGCGUUGCUUCCUGCCGCAGAGUUUUCAUUUGUUGUCUGUAACGAGCCGUGCUGAUGUCCGCUGAGCGCAGAUAAGAUCCUCCAGAUUUUAAGCGGACUCUGGUUCAUCUUCCCGCGGCUGCCAUGCGCCGGCCCGUGGUCUGACUGCAGGACGAUGGCUGCGGAGCUGUUUCCCACCAAGAAGCCGGUCCCGGCCGCCUCCGUGCAGCAGUACCAGCAGCAGAACCUUACCAACAACAACACCAGCAGCAGCACCGCGCAGGGCUGCUGCAACUGGCAGGGCCUGUAUCCCACCAUCCGAGAAAGGAAUUCAGUCAUGUACAACAAUGAGAUGAUGGCAGACGUUCACUUUGUGGUGGGACCACCAGGAGGGACACAGCGAGUCCCCGGACACAAGUACGUCCUGGCUGUCGGCAGCUCCGUGUUCCACGCCAUGUUCUAUGGCGAGCUGGCCGAGGAUCAGGAUGAGAUCCGUAUCCCAGAUGUAGAACCACCAUCCUUCCUCGCCAUGUUGAAGUACAUCUACUGUGAUGAGAUUGAUCUUUGCGCCGACACGGUGCUCGCCACCCUCUACGCUGCCAAGAAGUACAUUGUACCUCACCUUGCGCGAGCCUGUGUCAACUUCCUGGAGACCAGCCUGAGCGCAAAGAACGCCUGCGUGCUGCUGUCACAGAGCUGCCUGUUUGAGGAGCCCGACCUGACGCAGCGCUGCUGGGAGGUGAUCGACGCGCAGGCCGAGCUCGCGCUGCGCUCUGAAGGCUUUUGUGACAUCGACACCCAGACGCUGGAGAGUAUCCUGCAGCGGGAGACGCUCAACGCCAAAGAGAUGGUGGUGUUUGAGGCGGCACUGAACUGGGCCGAGGCAGAGUGCCAGAGACAGGAUCUGCCGCCAACUAUUGAGAACAAGCGCCUGGUUCUGGGGAAGGCCAUCUACUUGAUCCGCAUCCCCACUAUGGCGCUGGAGGACUUCGCCAAUGGUGCGGCCCAAUCUGGUGUGCUCACACUCAACGAGACCAACGACAUCUUCUUGUGGUAUACAGCCGCCAAGAAGCCAGAUCUCCUGUUCUGCACCAAACCGCGUAAAGGCCUGUCCCCUCAGCGCUGCCACCGCUUCCAGUCCUGUGCCUACAGGAGCAACCAGUGGCGGUACAGAGGCCGCUGCGACAGCAUCCAGUUUGCCGUCGACAAGCGCGUCUUCAUCGCUGGCUUUGGCCUGUACGGCUCCAGCUGUGGCUCGGCCGAAUACAGUGCCAAGAUUGAGCUGAAGCGCCAGGGUGUGCCACUGGCACAACGUCUCAUCAAGUACUUCUCCGACGGCUCGAGCAGCACCUUCCCCGUCUGGUUCGAUUACCCGGUGCAGAUCGAGCCGGACACCUUCUACACUGCCAGCGUGGUGCUGGACGGCAAUGAACUCAGCUACUUCGGCCAGGAGGGCAUGACCGAGGUGCAGUGUGGGAAAGUGACCUUCCAGUUCCAGUGCUCCUCGGACAGCACCAACGGCACCGGCGUACAGGGAGGCCAGAUCCCCGAGCUCAUCUUCUACGCCUGAUGGGCGGGACAGAGGGCGCCGCAGAGAUUGCUGCUUCACUGCCAUGUUGACUUUAAACUGUGGAGUUCUCAGGAAGCUGCCGGAGCAGUGACGGACUCUUAAGCCUCAAAGACAAAAUGCAGACGGCUCAGUGGAAAUGUGAAGAAACAACUCAAAGACUGAACCUGAACCUCACAUUCCUCCAACACUGCCUUUGUUCAUGAUGUUUUCCAGUUUCUCUUCGUUAAGUUUGAAUUAGAAAAAGAACAUCACUGUAAAACUCAAAUGAAGGCAUCAAACACCAUGUUUGAUAGAAAUCCUGAUUUCCAAGCAAACAGGAGGAGAAGGUGCACUUUGUUGGGGACUAUUUUCAGCGGUGGAUUAAUCCACAGGUAUCAUCAAACUUUAUAUUUGACAUUACACUAAAAACACCUGUGCAAUCAUCUGGGGGUUUUUUUGUUUGUUUUUUAAGUCUUCUGUAACUCUAUCGAUCAUAGCUAUUGAUUAAAUACAAACGAUCAAAGAUAUUCAAGUAACCAGAUUAAAGCAGGGAGUCUCUAAAAGUAGAGAAGCGUCUGUUUGCUUUUAAAAUGAAAUUAUGAUAGUCUGCUUGAUUGAAACACUAAUAAAAAUAUUUUAUUACUCGCGGAGGACGUCGGAGCCGGUGGAGAGAGUGAGAGCUUUGACCUCAUAAAUAAAACAGAUGAUUAAUCAGACAUGGGGGGGUUUAACGUGGUCAGCAGGAGAUGGUUCCUGCGUUUCAGUGCUCAUUCAUAAGCUCAGAGACUAUAGCUGCGAGUAAGAGGAGACCAGAUCGUUUUCAGGUCACAUUGGAGAUUUCAAUGAGGAAAAAAUCAUGUUAAAGUUUUCCACUAAGCUCCACACAACUCUGCAAAAUCCUAAAAUUCUGCUCCAGAUAGUUGAGGUUUGACCUUGGAGUUAAAUUUUUGCUCUCAUUCUUUAAGAUCCCUUUUUUAUUUUUUAUUUUAUUUUACUGGAUUCUUGGGGGGAAAAAAAAAAAAAAACAGGAGGCUAGAGGUGCUCUCUGUAGUUACCAUCUGGCCCAGCGGGGGGCAGCAUAUUUUCAUUUUAACGUUUUUUUUUUUGUUUGUUUGUUUCUUUUCUCACCCGACCGGCAUUUCCUCACAGCAUUACCACUCUUUAUUAUAGUUAAAUACAGGCUGCAUGGAAUCGCUGCACCCUCUUGUGGUACACAGUGGUAUUACAGGAAAGAGUUCAGCUGACUUAAGCUGAUCUCGCUCCAACACAACACAUGCGCGCUGUGGACACACACACACUCUUCUCAUCCUGCGGUGUCUUUACCUCAUAUAAGAAGGUUUUAAACAAUUUUUUAAUGGGAGAUUUUCUAAAAUGUACCUGUUACUGUGGGCAGCACGGUGGUUAGCACUGCUGCCUCACAGUUAGAAUAACAUCUGGAAGGUCUAGGUUUGAUUCCACCUUGGCCCAGGCCUCUCCCUCUCUCUGUGUGGAGUUUGCAUGUUCUUCCCGU